AUGACGAGGCCCAAAGUCCUCCUGUCCGGCGUCGCUCGGGAAAAAACGGCCGCGCUGCUCUGCUCCGUCGUUUCAACAGUUUGCCUCGCGCCGCCGCGCCGCCUCCCGCGAAACACCGCGCGUUUUCGAAACCAGCCACCGCCGAAACCGCGGCGUGCCGCGAAGCGUGCAGGUGCAGCUCGCCGGGCACCGUCUCCCAGAACACCGCUCGCCGCGCGCCGUGCCGCACGGGCAACCAAUGCCGGCAUGGUGCACCUGGCUCCGCCGCGUCCCCCGCCCGCGCUGCUCCUCCGCGCCCCGCAGCCGCCGCUCCCCACCGGGCUGCCGCUGCCCCUCCUCCCGCCCCCCGCGCUGGCCUCGCUCCUCCACGCGGCCGUCGACGCCUCCCCGUCCCUCCGACACCUCCGCAGCCUCCACGGGCUGCUCGUCCGCGUGCCGCUCCCUCCCCACUCCCUCCCCUACCUCCUCUCCCGCCUCCUCCGCCGCCUCGCCGCCCUCCCGCCCCCGCACGCGCCGCUCCCCUACGCGCUCUCCGUCUUCUCCACGCACGCUCCCCCGGACCCCUUCCUCGCCGCCGCGCUCCUCCGCUUCGCGCUCCUCACGCAGCCGCCGCUGAGCCCCUUCCGCCUCUUCUCCCGCCUCCUCCACAUUCCCCGCGGCGAGCUCCCCUUCCUCCCGUUCGCCUUCUCCCCGCUCGCCAAGUCCGCCGCGGCCGCCCGCUCCCUCCCGGCCGCCCAGGCCGCCCACGCGGUCUCCAUCCUCCUCGGCGGGUUCGAUAAGCACCGGUUCGUUGAGAACUCGCUCAUCGGCGCCUACGUCACCUGCAACGACGUCGGUGCCGCACGGAAGGUGUUUGAUGAAAUGGUGGUCAAGGAUGUCAUAUCCUGGACGAGCAUUGUGGUGGCCUACACCAGGAGCGGGGACAUGGGUUCCGCAGAGGAGGUGUUUGCGCAGUGCCCGCUGAAGGACAUGGUGGCAUGGACAGCCAUGCUCACCGGGUAUGCUCAAAAUUCCAUGCCGGCCAAGGCACUGGAAGUGUUUGAUCGGAUGGCCACCAUUGGCAUGGGCAUUGACGAGGUCUCAUUGACGGGUGCAAUCUCAGCUUGUGCUCAGCUUGGCGCGGUGAGGCGCGCUGCCUGGGUUCAGGAGAUCGCAGAGAGGAAUGGCUUUGGGCAGAAUGUGGUUGUCGGGUCGGGGUUGGUGGAUAUGUAUGCCAAGUGCGGACUAAUUGAUGAAGCACGCAGCGUUUUUGACGGGAUGCAGGAGAAGAAUGUUUACACAUAUAGCUCAAUGAUUGUUGGUCUCGCAUCUCAUGGGAGGGCUAGAGAGGCAAUUGCUUUGUUCAAGGACAUGGUUAGGAGGGCCGAUGUGGUGCCCAACCAUGUGACCUUUAUAGGGUUAUUGACAGCUUGCAGCCAUGCAGGGAUGGUCAGAGAUGGGCGCUUCUACUUUGCACAGAUGAAGGACAAAUAUGGGAUAUUGCCAUCUCCAGAUCACUAUACUUGUAUGGUCGAUUUGCUUGGUCGGGCUGGAUUGGUGGACGAAGCUCUAGAUCUUGUGAAGUCAAUGACCGUAGAGCCUCAUGGCGGUGUAUGGGGAGCGCUGCUUGGGGCUUGUCGGAUCCAUGGGAAUACUGAGGUUGCCAAGGUUGCAGCUGAACAUCUGUUUAAGCUUGAGCCAGAGGGUAUAGGGAACUACGUGCUGUUAUCGAAUACACUUGCAUCGGCAGGAAAGUGGGAGGAAGUCUCACAGGUUCGGAAACUGAUGAGAAGCCGGGGACUGAAAAAGGAUCCUGCCGUGAGCUCGUUUGAAGGCAGAGAUGGUUUGGUCCAUCAGUUCUUUGCUGGUGACAAUUCUCAUCCAAGGACCAAUGAAAUAAAGAAGGCAUUAUCAGAGCUAGGUGUGAAAUUGAAGCAUGCUGGUUAUGUGCCAGUCCUGACUUCUAUUGUUUAUGAUGUGAGUGAUGGAGAGAAAGAAAGGCUGUUAAUGGGUCACAGUGAGAAACUUGCUCUGUCGUUUGGAUUGCUAACUCUUGGAUCUAGAUGCACAAUUCGAAUAGUAAAAAAUCUAAGGAUCUGCGAGGAUUGCCAUUUGUUUAUGCGACUUGCCUCAAGAGUUGAGCAGGCUGAGAUUAUAGUCAGGGACAAUAUGAGAUUCCAUCAUUUCAAAGACGGAGAAUGCUCAUGUGGUGGAUUCUGGUGAAAGAAGAAAAGCAGCAAUAGUUCAACAAAAUAUGGCAGAAAACAGGAACGUGAUUGAUUAAUGCUCCAUGUAAUAAAUUGUUUAUUUGGCUUGUUUCUUGAGCAUUUGCACACAAUAUUAAAUAGCGGGAUAAGAUAA